AUGCCAACUACAACGACAACUGCAAGAACUACUCAGCAACUAAUAAUUCCCAAUAUUCCAGUCAAUGCCCGAUGGACACAGAAUGGGAUGACUGUUGCUGGAGGCCAUGGAGACGGCAGUGCUAUCAAUAAACUCGACCGUCCUUUUGGUCUCUUCGUUGAUGAUGAUCAAACGAUCGUCAUCGCUGACUACAACAAUGAUCGUAUCAUCCAAUGGAAGAUGGAUGAUAAGAAUGGACAAGUAGUAGCUGGUGGCAACGGCAAAGGAAAUCGAUCGGAUCAAUUGGAUCGGCCAAGUGAUGUGUUGAUCGACAAAGAGACGAAUAGUCUCAUUAUUUGUGACCGGAUGAAUGAACGAGUCGUACGAUGGUCUCGUCGUAGUGGUACAACUCAAGGAGAAAUCCUCAUUGACAACAUCAAGUGUUGGGGAUUGGCCAUGGAUGAUCACGGAUAUCUCUACAUCUCUGACGACGAAAAACAUGAAGUAAGACGAUAUCAAAUAGGAGACAAGAAUGGAACUAUCGUGGCCGGUGGCAAUGGCAACGGUACUAGUCUCAAUCAAUUCAACAAUCUGGGCUGCAUCUUUGUCGAUCAACAACAGACUGUCUACGUGUCAGACUUUGACAAUGAUCGUGUAAUGAAAUGGAAUAAAGAUGCAAAAGAAGGAAUUGUCGUCGCUGGAGGUAAACGCAAAGGGAAUGCUCUGACACAAUUGUCGUAUCCUCGAGGACUGUUCGUCGAUACAUUUGGUACCAUCUAUGUGGCAGACUCGUAUAAUCAACGAGUGAUGCGUUGGCCUAAAGGAGCGAAACAGGGCACUGUCAUCGUGGGUGAAAAUGGUCGAGGAGCAAGAGCAAAUCAGUUCAACGGUCCAGUCGGUUUGUCCUUCGAUCGUCAUGGCAAUCUCUAUGUCGUCGAUUGGGGCAAUAACCGUGUCCAACGUUUUUCUAUCCAAUAGACUCAAGACGAUGGAUUAUUUUUUUUCUUUCGUUUCUCUCAAAUAAAUCGCAUUGAAUCGAUGAAAAAAAUGUCUAUUCUAUUCGCGCGCGCGACCAGGAACCAUCCUGGUGGAGCCGUGGCGAGUGUAACGCUCAUGCACGCACGGGACAGACUCAUAUCAUUCAUAUCCCUCCCACUCGCGAGAUAUGUCAAUGAGUCUGGAAAAGCCCGGUCGUGUGCCACGGACACCAAGAUAGUUCGUGGCCGGUGUUUUAGGCCUAAGUCCGGAAGGCCUGAUAGAAAACAGAGGUCUAAUCUCAAUGGACAUAACUCACUUACCCACUACUAACACUCACUUUUCUCAGUCUCACCCUAACCCUACUCAAUCUCAAUGUCACUAUUUAACCUCAUUCCUCUCUCACCAUAUUCUCAUCUCAAAAAAAAAAGAAAUAAUUACUCACGUGCUUUAAUGUUGGACGAUGAUAAAGACGACGCGACGAUGUUGAGGGCUAAAAGAAAAAGAAAAACAAAUUUAAUCAAUCUUAUAUAAUGAAAAGAACGAGAUGACUUACUCCACUGUUAUCUCUUUCUUCACUGUUCGAUGCCUAAAAUCAAAAAAAACAAUAUAUAAAGAAAGAUCAUAGGAGGACUUACCCCCUCCAUAUGAUUUUAAAAAGAAAAACAAAAAAUUAAAAAUUAAAAAAAAUUAAAACUAAUACCUACAUUUUAUUUUAUGGCCUUGUUCGACGUUGAAUCGUUCCAUAUUGUAGCGUUGAUAUUGAACUAAAACAUAAAAGAGAAAGAUUAGUUUAUGAUUCAAUAAAUUGAAUGAUUUUACAUAGAAAAUCAUUCAUAUUUAUACCUCAAAAAAGUUACGGGGAGAGAAAUUCAAUCGAUUUUUUUAAUGGGUGUGUGAUUAAAAGAUGAAUUUCAUUAAGCUUUAAUCAAGGCACACACAUACAUUGAGAGGGUGUGGGUGGGUGUGUGGGUGUGGGUGUGGGUGGGUGUGGGUGUGGGUGGGGUGUGGGUGUGUGGGCGGGUGUGGAUGUGGGUGUGGAUGUGGAUGUGAAUGUGGGUGUGGGUGUGAGUAUUCCUGGGGAGAAGACAAACACGCACACCCACAUCCACAUCCACACCCACAUCCACACCCACACCCCACACCCACACCCACACCCACCCACACCCCACACACACAUCCACACCCACACCCACACCCACACCCACACCCACACCCUAACCGUUGUUGACAUUAGACGAAUGUAACGUUUCGAACCAUCCUUAUUGUAUAUUAUUCAUAUCCAUUGCAUCAUUUUAUCUACCUUUAAUUGUUAUGAUUGACGUCUAUAUUCAAAUAUAUUUGGCAGCUAAAAAACAAGCUUUAGCACUUCAUUCUAGCUACAAGUGUCAGUAUCUGAUGCAAUCUGCAAAGCCAUCUACUGCUAAAACUUCUUUGAGACAAAUGUUCUCCAGAAGAAGAUCUCGAA